AGUUUCCCUUGCAGUCUUGGCUUGGCUUGCAUUGUUUCCUGCUUGGAUUGCAAAACCAGGCAGCCCUUGGGUUAUGCAAAAGCAGCUCCUCGUGGCUCAGCCAUGCCGGAGGGUCCGGAGCUGUUCCUGACCAGCCGGUACAUCAACGCCGCGUGCGGAGGGCUGGUCUUCUCUGGGAAAGUGGAGAAGUCGGAGGUGAGCAAGAACCCGGCCGUGCCCUUUGAGAGCCAGGCCUACCUGGUCUCCUCCACCUCGCGGGGGAAAGAGCUGAAGCUGACCCUCGCCCCGGUCAAGCGGGAAAAGGGCUCGCGUUCUCCCGCCAGAGACCCGAAAGCAAUGGACGUCGUCUUCCGUUUUGGGAUGUCCGGCGGCUUCAAGCUGGUCCCGGCCACCGAGGUGCCCAAGCACGCCCACCUGCGCUUUUACUCCAAAGAGAAGCCGGCCCGUGUCCUUUGCUACGUCGACGUCCGGCGCUUUGGCCGGUGGGAAGUGGACGGCACCUGGCAGGCGGAGCGAGGCCCCUGCGUGCUGCUGGAAUAUCAGAAGUUCAGGGAGAACGUGCUGAGGAACCUCUCGGCGGACAAAGCGUUUGAGAGGCCCAUCUGCGAAGCUCUCCUCAACCAGAAGUACUUCAACGGCAUCGGCAACUACCUCCGGGCAGAAAUCCUCCACCGGUUAAGGAUCCCUCCCUUUGAAAAAGCCCGGACCGUUCUGGAGGAGCUGCAGCAUCAGGAAAAGGCUUCUGACUUGACGCUGAGCAAGAAGGUGAAGCUGAAACGGGAGAACCCAGACUUGUUGGAGCUCUGCCACAUUGUGCCCAUGGAAGUCAUUAAUUUGGACAGUGGCAACGGUCAUUAUUGGGAUCGCUCUGAGGACCACACCGCCUUUGAGAAGUGGCUUCGGUGCUACUCUGUCCCGGGCAUGAAAUCCCUCAGCGAUUCGAAUGGCAGGACCAUUUGGUUUGAGGGGGAUCCUGGACCGAUGGCCCCAAAAGGGGGUAAAUCGCGCAAGAAACGGUUGCAGGUCAAAGCAGCUCCCGAAGUGCCGAAGGAGAAGCAAGGCCGGAAACGGCCGCAAGUUAAACAUGAGGCUGAUGCGUCAAGUCCAAAGAUGAGGAAGCCAACGGCACCGAGGAAACAAUCCAAGGCCAGCACUGCUCCCAAAGCGGCCAAGGAGACCAGGAGGCCGAGGACCAAAGCAGCCAAAGGAAGCGAAGGUGCCGCCGUGGCCCAUGGAUCCAGGACACCCAAGGCCAGGCCACGGAGAAAGAGCUCCGCCCUCCAAGAGUCUCCGGUGACGGACUCUGGGGCUCGGAAAAAGAGAGCUCAAGCAGCUGUGGCUACGACACGACCCAGGCGUGUGAAAGCGGAAUAACACGGAACAGUAUUUUCAUGUAUUGUCGAAAGCUUUCAUGGCCGGAAUCACUGGGUUGUUGCAGGUUUUUUCGGGCUAUAUGGCCAUGUUCUAGAGGCAUUCUCUCCUGACGUUUCGC